AUGACUGGUUCACUGCUUCUCCCCUUCUUCGGCCUCCUCGCCUUCCUCGGGUCAGCUGUUGCUGCUCCUGCUGCUUCAGCUGCAACCAACAAGACGUCAGCCUCUAUCGCCCCGAAAGCCAUGAGCUUGACCUCGACGCUCAUUUACGAUCUUGACAACAUCGGUAUCGCUGCGCCGACUGUUACGAGCAAGUCUGGCGUCAAGGUCACGUCCGAUAUCUACAUUGUUGAUAUGGCGGGCCAUAGUGCCGCCCAGAUCGCAGCGUACAAAGCGGCGGGCAAGACUGUCGUCUGCUACUUCAGUGCUGGUACCCUGGAGCCAUUCAGGGCGGAUGCGACCAAGUUCAACCCGGUCUGCGCUUGCGGGCCCGGCGGCAAGCUUGACUCUAACAAGCACUGCGUCGGCGGCUCUGGCAAGACCAAGAUGGACGACUGGGACGAGUACUGGCUUGACAUUCACUCGGCUACCUGCAAGACCAAUGUCCAGAGCGUCAUGACUCAGCGUAUCAAGGAUGCCAAAGCCAAGGGGUGUGAUGGGAUGGACCCGGACAACGUGGACAGCUAUGCGAACGGAGCUCCGUAUGGCAACACCCAGGCCGACCAGGUCGAGUACCUUCUGUGGCUCGCCAAGACCGUCCGCGCCGCGGGUAUGAUCGUCGACCUCAAGAACUCGGCCGACCUCUUGCAGAGCAAGUCAGCCGCAUCCCUCAUCUCCGCCUUCGACUUCAGCGUGAUCGAGUCUUGCCACCAGUACAAUGAGUGCGACGCCUACUCGGGCUUCACCAAGGCUGGCAAGCCCCAGAUCCAGAUCGAAUACUCGAACAGCAUCAAAAAGUGCCCGACGCUCAAGGCCGGGCAGAAUUUGGCGGUGUACAAGGGGUUGGUGUUGAACUCAAAGGAUAUCACUUUGAAUUGCCGGGGUCCCCGCGCCUAG